AUGACAACCCCAACAUCCCACCCCCAAACCUGGACCAAAGGAGACUACCUCAUCUCAACAGACAUCUCCCUCAUCUCCCUCCCCAAACUCAACGCUUGGUUCGCAUCCGACGAUCUAUACUGGGCUUCUCCGCUCCCACUCGAUGCCCUACAGCAGACAAUCCAGAGCUCUCUCUGUUUCGGCCUCUAUCACAACCCCCCUCAGCAGGACGACUCCCUCGAUUUCAUCGGGAUCGCCCGCUGCGUCACCGAUUACACCACAUUCGUCUACAUAACUGAUGUCUAUGUCGACGCGAGCCACCGCGGCAACGGCCUGGGUAGUUGGCUGGUCGAGUGUGUGGGCGAAGUCACCGAUGCCAUGCCGCAUUUGCGACGGAGAAUCGAAAAUCGGAGAGGGGAUGGCUAUGAUGAUGCGGAAGGGGAGAGGGUAUCCGCAGUAUAG